AUGGGCUCUCAACCACAAGCAGACAUCACCCUCUACACUUCCCACAAGUGCCCAUUCGCGCACAGGGCACACAUCACCCUCACCGAACUAAACAUCCCCUUCAAAGAAGAGAUCAUCGACCUCGACAAGCCCCGCUCGCCAGAAUAUCUCCAGAUCAACCCUCGCGGUCUUGUCCCGACCAUUAUCCACAACGGCGAGACCAUUACUGAAUCUGCCAUUGUCGCCCAGUUUCUCGUCGACGCUUAUCCUGCCCAAAGCAAGUCGCUGCUCCCUGCCUCGUCUGACCCGAAUGGGGCCUUGAUCAGAGCCAGGAUCAGCUUCUUUGCUGAUACCUACUCGAGCAAGGUCCAGGGCCAUCUCAGCAGGGCCAUCUACCGCGGCACGACGGACGAAGAGAUUAGUAGUGCUGUGGAUGAUGCUGUAGCUGGUAUCGUCAAGGAGGUUGAACCUCUUCUCAAGAACGCUGCUCCGUUCUUUGGUGGUAGCGAUAAGCUCACCUUUGCCGAGGUCCUCACUGCCCCGUUCGUCAUUCGAGCACUGUCCCUCUCCAAGCACGGUCUUCUUCCCACCAAUCUCUCGUCGCGCCUCGAAAAAGAAACCCCAAACUUUUACAAGUGGGCGCAGGCCAUUAGCAACCACGCCAGCAUCAUGGGGAUCUACAACGAGGACGACAUUGUUCAGGGAACCAAGAAGAAGAGGGCCCAGCUCCGAGGCCAAGCCUAA